AACUCACCACACUGCAUAAACUCCCAACUGUCCAUCGUCUUUCUCUGACGGUGCCGCCGUGACGGAGACGAAGCCAUGGAAUUCCUCAAGUUUAUCUGCCCUAGUUCUCCUUAUAUAUGGGAUGGAAAUGGAAUUUCAAGAUGCUUCAGUGACAUAAUGCUAGGUUUUGGAGCAAGUAUGGUAACGUUUAUCAUAAUUGUUGUGCUUGGAAUUACUGAAAGGACUACCAGAGGACGUAGAAAGAUAUACCUCUACGAGAAGGUCUUCUUGCUCCUUCUACCUGUCAUUGGGGCAUGCAUGGCAUGCUUUGACCUAAUUCUGCUUUUGAGUAACACAAGAAGGGGUCGUCCUGCUUUAUAUCAUGAGUGGCUCCUUAGAUGCUCUCAACUUUUAGUAUGGGCCACCAUACUUCUUAUUUCAAGGUGUGAUUGCUGGUUAUUUGUCUUAUCUAAUCGGGUCCUGUGCUUUUGGUGGUUGAUGAAACCAUUCUUAGGGAUCCCAACUUUACUAGCAACCUUUUCUUCUUUGGAGACUUUUAGCUGCAUCAAUGAGAGCUCAAUAAUUUUAGUGGAUGUCCUGUUUGGUAUCUUGGUUAAUAUAAUCAGGAUGAAGCAGUCAUCUCGCACAAACAGUUCAAUGGAAGAAUUGCUGCUUUCCUGUGAAAUGGGUAUAGACGACCGCUCUCGAUCAAAUCCUGGAGUUCCUGCCAGCUUCUUGAAUCUCAUGACAUUCAGAUCUAUCAAUUUGGUAAUGGAACAUGGUGCAAAGAAACAGCUUGACUUUGAUGAUUUGCUUCAACUACCGAUUGACAUGGAUCCUUUGUUCUGCCAUGAUUCUUUGUUUAACUGUUGGGAAGAUCAAAGAAGACACCGGCGCUCUGAUCCUUCUUUGUUUUGGACAGUCUGUUAUGCAUAUGGAUGGCCAUAUAUGUGUUUAGGCCUAUUAAAGGUACUUAAUGACUGCCUUGGUUUUGCUGGACCCUUGCUUCUUAAUAGGCUGAUUAAGUAUCUUCAAGAAGGAUCUGUGCAUUUUGAUGGUUAUCUCCUCGCCAUUUCUCUAGGCCUCACUUCCAUCUUGAAAUCUUUUCUUGAUACACAAUAUACAUUUCGUCUCUCCAAAUUAAAGUUAAAGCUACGUUCUAGUCUUAUGACUGUUAUAUUUCGAAAGUGCCUCCAUGUUGGCCUGGCAGAAAGAUCUAAAUUUUCGGAGGGGGAAAUUCAAACCUUCAUGUCUGUGGAUGUUGAUCGAACUGUCAAUAUGUGCAACAGUUUUCAUGACAUGUGGAGCUUGCCUUUACAAAUUGGAAUUGCCCUGUAUCUGCUCUAUACACAAGUUCAGUUCGCUUUUGUUGCUGGAAUCACUAUAACUAUUUUGUUGAUACCAGUAAAUAAAUGGAUUGCUGAGUUGAUUGCCAGUGCCACCAAAAACAUGAUGGAGCAAAAGGAUGAAAGGGUCAGAAGGACUGGAGAGCUAUUGACAUAUAUUCGCACAUUGAAAAUGUAUGGUUGGGAGCUUCUUUUUUCUAGUUGGUUGAUGAAAACAAGAUCCUUAGAAGUCAAAUAUUUAGCAACAAGGAAGUACUUGGAUGCAUGGUGUGUAUUCUUUUGGGCAACAACACCAACUCUUUUUUCUCUGUUCACAUUUGGACUCUAUGUAAUGAUGGGAAAUCAACUAGAUGCAGCAACGGUCUUUACUUGUCUUGCUCUAUUUAACAAUUUGAUUUCCCCAUUAAACUCAUUCCCAUGGGUCAUUAAUGGGUUGAUCGAUGCAGUCAUAUCAACCAGGCGACUGAGCAUGUUCCUCUCAUGUUUUGAGAAUGAACCUCUUCGUGGGCAGGCAAACAGUUCUUUAUCAUCUUGCUCCAGCAAACAUUUUAACUUUAGAGCUGAAGAAGUUGAUAUUGUCAUGAAAGAUGCCUGUUGUGCAUGGUCAAGCAGCGCUCAAGAAGUGAAGGAGCUGAUUCUGGAUCAUGUCAAUCUUGCCAUUCCAAAGGGUUCUCUGGUUGCAGUAAUUGGAGAGGUUGGUUCAGGUAAAUCAUCCUUGUUGAACUCUAUCCUCGGAGAAAUGAAGCUUAUCGAGGGAUCUAUAUAUUCAAGUGGGUCUGUUGCCUAUGUUCCACAGAUUCCGUGGAUUCUCUCUGGCACUAUUCGCGAUAAUAUCAUAUUUGGAAGGGACUAUGAUCCGAUAAGAUACUCUGCUGUUCUAGAGGCAUGUGCCCUUAAUACAGAUGUUUCGCUUAUGGUUGGAGGUGAUAUGGCUUAUAUUGGAGAGAAAGGCGUAAACCUGUCAGGUGGACAGAGAGCUCGUCUAGCUCUUGCCAGGGCUGUUUAUCAUGGAUCUGACUUAGUCAUGCUGGAUGAUGUCCUUAGUGCAGUUGAUGCCCAAGUGGCUUGUUGGAUUUUAUCAAAUGCUAUCCUUAGCCCUCUUAUGGAUCAGAAAACAUGCAUUCUUUGCACCCAUAACAUUCAGGCAAUAUCUGCUGCAGAUAUGGUUGUUAUAAUGGACAAAGGACAAGUGAAAUGGGUGGGAAGUCCAACGGACUGUUCCAGUUCUCCAUACGCAUCAUUUGUUAGACAGGAAGAACUUAAUUCCCCUUCUGAGACUGAAGCACAAAUAGAAAGUCGAGAUACUUGUAUGGGAGUCCAAGAGAGUGUUGUGGUAGAGAGUGAAGGUAUAGAUAUCAUGGAUGCCACUGACAACAUUAUCAGGGUUGAAGAGAGGAAAGAAGGCAGAGUUGAAACAACUGUGUACAUGAAUUAUGCUGCAUUCUGUGGUUGGUAUAUUACAGUCAUAACUUGCCUAUCAGCACUUCUAAUGCAAGCUUCGCGAAAUGGAAAUGAUCUGUGGCUGUCUUAUUGGGUUGAUACAACAGCAUUAGAAGAGCAUCCGACAUCAUUCUAUCUGGCUAUCCUCUGUAUCUUUUCUUUGGCAAACUCCUUUCUUACUCUAGUGAGGGCAUUCUCAUUUGCAUAUGGCGGCUUAUGUGCAGCAAUUCAGGUGCACAAUAACCUAUUGAAAAAGCUUGUUAAUGCACCCGUUGCCUUUUUUGAUCAGACCCCAAGUGGAAGAAUACUUAACAGGCUGUCUUCAGAUCUCUACACAAUCGAUGAUUCUCUUCCUUUCAUUCUCAACAUCCUCCUAGCCAAUUUCGUUGGCCUCUUAGGGAUUGCUCUAAUUUUGUCUGCUGUGCAGGUCAUGUUCUUGCUUCUCAUACUCCCAUUUUCGUAUAUCUACAGCAAAAUACAGUUCUACUACAGGGCAACAUCACGCGAAUUGAGAAGGCUGGACAGUGUAUCUCGUUCACCCAUAUAUGCGUCAUUCUCAGAGAUACUUGAUGGGUCAUCAACUAUAAGGGCAUUUAAAUCUGAGGACUUUUUCUUGACUAGAUUCAUCGAGCAUGUCAAGAUGUACCAGAAAACUUCUUAUUCAGAGAUAAUAGCGAGCCUGUGGCUAUCCUUACGCCUACAGUUCUUGGCAGCUUUUGUUGUAUCUUAUAUUGCGGUGAUGGCGAUUGUUGGAUCUCAUGGACAUCUUCCCAUCAAUCUAGGUACCCCAGGAUUGGUAGGCUUAGCCCUUUCGUACGCAGCUCCAGUUGUAUCAUUGUUGGGGAGCUUUUUGACAAGCUUCACCGAGACCGAGAAGGAAUUGGUCUCAGUUGAGAGGGUUCUUCAGUACAUGGACAUCCCUCAAGAAGAACUUCAAGGGCACAAGGUUUUAGACGUGGAAUGGCCAUUUCAAGGGGAGAUCGAAUUUCGUAAUGUAACACUCAGAUAUAUGCCGUCUUUGCCGCCUGCACUGCGUGAUCUUAAUUUGAGAAUUGCUGGAGGAACACAGGUAGGAAUUGUUGGAAGGACAGGUGCCGGAAAAUCUAGCAUCUUGAAUGCUCUAUUCCGCCUCAACCCAAUAUGUGCAGGACAUAUCAUAGUUGAUGGAAUAAACAUAGCAGACGUCUCUCUGAGAGAUCUUAGAUCACGUUUUGCAGUCGUUCCCCAGACUCCAUUCCUUUUUAAAGGAUCUUUAAGGGAGAACCUCGACCCCUUCAAUUCAAGCGAUGACUUAAAGAUAUGGAAAGCUCUGGAGAGAUGUCAUAUUGAGGAGGAGGUCCGAGCGGCAGGGGGACUAGAUAUGGAAAUGAAAGAGUCUGGAACUUCAUUUUCGGUUGGGCAACGGCAACUCCUUUGCCUUGCACGAUCCUUUCUUAAGUCCACUAUGGUGUUAUGUUUGGAUGAAUGCACAGCAAAUGUAGACACCCAAACGGCUUCGAAACUGAAGGAUGCCAUAUCUAGUGAAUGCAGAGGGUUGACGGUGGUCACGAUUGCUCAUCGCAUCUCGACAAUUCUACAUAUGGACAAUGUAUUGGUUCUUGAUCAAGGAAUCUUGGUGGAGCAAGGAAGGCCUGAGGUUCUAGUUCAGGAUGAGUCUUCCAUAUUUUCAAGCUUUGCUAAAGCAUCCUUAAUGUAGUUAUAUAUAGAGAGAGAUGUAGGUUCAUACAAGAAUGAUACCUAUUUAAAAAGAUAA